AGUAGCCUGCUGUCAUAAGGAAAUCUGAGCUUCCUUCACGUGGUCUGUUCCUCCCUGCUCUCUCUCCUUCUCUCUGUCUCAGAUCUUGCCUUUUGCGCCGAAACCCCUUCUUCGCUGCCUACUCUCCCAUCUCUUUGGUGGAAGAGAGCAAUGGAUCUGCUCUCCGGAGCACUGUAAGGCAUCUCCCGAGCUCUCGGCGGGCGUUCUCUUUUUGCGGUUUCGUUUUUGUAAGGUGGGAUCUUGGUGGGUUCUUUCUUUCUUCUCUUGGGUUCUUUGUCGAGGGUGGUCUUGGUUCUUGAAAUGGGUUUUAUGUCGAGAAAGAUUCUCCCCGCGUGUGGGAAUAUGUGUGUUUGCUGCCCGGCGCUGCGGCCGAGCUCCCGGCGACCCGUCAAGCGGUACAAGAAAUUGCUCGCGGAGAUCUUCCCCAAAAACCUUGAUGGUACCCCAAAUGAAAGAAAAAUUAUGAAACUAUGUGAAUAUGCUGCGAAGAAUCCACUUCGCAUCCCAAAGAUUGCAAAGUUUCUGGAACAAAGGAGCUACAAAGAACUGCGGUCUGAGCAUAUCAACUUUGUUAAAAUUAUUACAGAAGCCUACAGUAAAUUGCUCUACAUUUGUAAAGAACAGAUGGCAUAUUUUGCUAUCAGCCUGUUGAAUGUCAUUAUUGAGCUUCUGGACAACAAGCAGCGAGACAGUGUCCAAAUUCUUGGAUGCCAAACUUUGACGAAAUUCAUUUGUAGUCAGGCAGAUAGUACAUAUGCACGCAAUAUUGAAUGCUUAGUUCGAAAAGUAUGUGUGCUCGCUUAUAGGCAAGGGGAAGAACAGAAAAGUCUCCUGCAGGCUGCAAGCUUGCAAUGCCUCUCAGCAAUGAUUUGGUUCAUGACUGAGUAUUCUUACAUUUUUACUGAUUUUGAUGAGAUCAUCCAUGCUAUUCUUGAAAACUAUCAAGCUGAUGACCACAUUGACAUUGAUAAUGAAAGAAGUGACUCACACCAUAACUGGGUUGAUGAAGUAGUUAGAUCUGAGGCAAGAGCUGGUGUAACUCUUGGGAAGGAUGUCAACCUAAGCACUACAAGCUUAAGGCCACAUUCAGUUCCUAGGGAUUCUGCCAUGCUAACGAGGGAGGAGCGUGAAUCUCCAGAAGUGUGGUCACAGAUUUGUGUACGGAAGCUUGCUGAAAUGGCUAAAGAAAGCACCACAAUGCGUUGUGUAUUGGAUCCAAUGCUUGCUUACUUUGACACAGGAAAACAUUGGGCUUCUCGACAUGGAUUGGCUUUGUUUGUUUUAUCUGACAUGACUUACUCAGAAAAGAGCUCAGGAAAUGAACAGCUGAUUUUGUCUGCUAUCAUCAGACAUCUGGACCAUAAAAAUGUUGUCCAUGACCCUAAGACAAAAUCUGAUAUAGUUCAGAUUGCCACUAUCUUGGUUCAACAUCUAAGGUCACAAGCAGUAGUUGCUGAAAUUGGAGCAGUUAGUGACCUGUGCAGGCAUUUGAGGAAAAGUCUGCAGACAUCAGUUGAAUCAGCUGGACCUGAAGAAUCAAAUUGGAAUGACUCGCUUCAAAAUUCUAUCGAGGAUUGCCUAUUGGAGAUUGUUAAAGGAAUUGGUGAUGCCCGUCCACUGUUUGACAUGAUGGCUAUAACAUUGGAGAAGAUGCCAGUUAUCGCAGUUGUUGCUAGGGCAACAAUUGGAUCUUUGCUGAUUCUUGCUCACAUCAUCUCCUUGACAUCCAUCCGAUCACAUUCACAAUCAGUGUUUCCGGAAGAACUCCUACUGCAGCUUUUGAAGGCUAUGAUGCAUCCAGAUGUUGAAACCCGCAUAGUAGCACACCAAAUAUUUUCAGUAACACUUGUUCAAAAUCCUAAUCAUCCAAGACAUGAAUCAGAAUAUUUAUAUGAAACUAAGAAGUGGCAGUAUCGAACUACAUCAGUAUUUGCCUCAGCUACUGCUUUACUCGAGAAACUCCGAAGGGAAAAGGGAUGUCUAAAUGCAGAUAAGCAUGCAAAUGAUUCCCAUGAGGAGAUCAAGGAAAAAAGCAUGGGUGAUGAAGAGUGGAAACAUGGUUGGCCCCGAAAAAGUUCACCAUACCUUUAUAAAUUGAGCUGUUCUAUUAUUGAUAGAAUUGCUGCUUUCAACCGUUCUAUGGAGGCUGAAACUAAUAUUAUGGUGUUAACUGAAGAUCAAACUGCCCAAUUACUUUCUGCCUUCUGGAUACAAGUCAAUCAGGCUGAUAAUUUGCCUUCAAAUAUUGAGGCUAUAUCUCAUUCAUUCAGCUUGACACUUCUUUUUUCCCGUAUCAAGAAUUCAAAUCAUAGCAACACGGUGCGAUUCUUUCAGCUACCAUUAUCUCUAAGAAUUGCCUCCCUAGACCCAAAUGGAAUGCUGUCUCCUUCGUGUCAGAGAUCUCUUUUCACUUUGGCAACAGGCAUGCUAGCAUUUGCAGGAAAAAGCUAUCACAUCUCUGAAUUGACUAACUCGCUAUUCUGUAUAUCUUCUGAUUUUCCUGAAAACCAGCGGGGAUGUCUGGGCAACAGAGAAGCUACUACAGAAACCUGCAAUAUUGACCCAUAUCUGAGGGUUGGGGACGACUUGCAAAUUUAUGUGAAGUCUCAGUCAGAUUUGAAUGUAUUUGGUUCUGACAUUGAUCAACAAGCAGCUACAUUGAUACUAGCUGACUUGAGAAAAACAGUAGGCGACUCUGACCAGCAUUUAUUUGAUAUCAUUGUUCAAGAGCUUUCAAGGAUAACUGAUCUGGAAAAAGAUGUCUUAGCCAAACAACUUACUGAAACUUUCACACCUGAAGAUGUGCCCUUGUUUGGUUCAAUGACAACUGUUGACUGGGUCAGCAUACAAGCUCUUGCAGUUUCUGAAGAAUCACUCUCAUUUGAUGAGGAAUGUUCAAGAAGUUCAACUAUAGAUGGUGAUGUAGUUAGCGAAUCUCCAGCAACCGAUAUUCACAAAUUUAUCCCCAGGAUGCCUGCAUCACCAGCCUUGCCCGAUGUUAUUAAUGUUGGCCAAUUGCUAGAAUCGGCCCUCCACGUAGCUGGUCAGGUGGCAGGAACAUCUGUCUCAACCUCUCCCCUCCCCUAUGGGGCUAUGGCUAGUCAGUGUGAGUCCCUUGGCAUGGGCACAAGGAAGAAGCUUUCAAGUUGGCUGGUUGGCGGUCAUGACUUGAUACCAGGCAAUCCAGCGCCAGCUUACCCAACGGGUGAGCAGUUGGCAAUUCGAACGGUAAAUGCUUAUGGUUGUGAACAGCAAGCUUUGAUCCCUGUGGAACCACGUCCGGCACUGAGACUGCCACCUGCUAGCCCCUUCGACAACUUCUUGAAAGCUCUCUACUACUGACCCACAUGUAGUGUGAUUAUCGUGUAUCUAGCUAGGGUUGAGAAUUUGGCCUGCUGGUUCUUACUUCGUUGCUUUAGGGAAACCUUAGGUUCCCUCAUCAGAGGAUGCUCGUUUGCAGUGCCCGUAGCAUAUCAAUGGUUUGUAUGAUAAUAUUCUAUGAGAAUACUUAAUGUUCUGGCUUCCAAGCAGUCAACGGGUGUUAUUUUGUGAGGGGAUGUCAUCAUGGUCAUGAUGCCAAUGGAUGCUUUAGUACCCUCUCUGAAGAAGUAUGAAUUAUGGAUGCCAUAUUGUUGAGUCUGUGAAAGGUAAAAUGAAUCAAGAUUCUCAAGACCAAUCUGUACUUGUACAGGAUUGGUAUAGAUUGAUUUGGUGCACUGA